CUAGAUGUUACCUACUUAAUACCUACAUGCGCAAAACCACCUAAACUGUAUGGGUUGCCAAAGAUACACAAACCAAACGCCCCGCUACGUCCUAUUGUAAGCCAAAUCGACACACCAACCUACAGAUUGGCUCAGCACGUCGCGAAAACACUCUCACCACUCAGAGGCAACACUACAGCGUUUGUGAAGGAUUCAUACCACUUUGUCAAUGAGAUUAAACAUCUACAUCUUCAUGACAAUGAAGUAAUGGUUAGUUUCGACGUACAGUCCUUGUUUACAUGCCUACCAGUUAAGGAUUGUAUUGAAAUUGUUUCCAAGAAGCUAGCAGAGAACAACCUACCUCUAGAAUAUGCAGAACUUCUCGAGCACUGCCUCACAUCUGGCUACCUACUGUGGAACAAUAAAUUCUAUGUACAAGUAGAUGGUGUAGCGAUAGGCUCGCCUGUAUCCCCUGUAGUCGCCGAUAUAUUCAUGGAAGACUUCGAGGAGACAGCCUUAAAAACAGCUCCUUUCACUCCCAGGUUUUACAAACGGUACGUAGAUGAUACUUUCACAGUUUUACCAUCUAGUCAAGUAAAUGCAUUUUUAAAACAUCUCAACUCCAUCAAUAACAAAAUUCAAUUCACUAUGGAGUUGGAGGAUAAUAAAUCUCUUGCCUUCUUGGACAUAUUAGUUAAAAGAAAUCCUGAUCAGACCAUAAGUCACACCGUGUAUCGAAAGAAGACCCAUACAGAUAGGUACUUAAACGGUGAAUCUCACCACCACCCUAAACAGUUAGCUACCGUGGGAAAAUCUUUGUUUCAGAGAGCACACGGACUCUGUGAUGACAGACACCUUGCCGCUGAGCUUCAACACGUCAAGCAAGUACUGCGAGACAACAAGCUCCAAGUUCCACGGCCCCGUCACAGAAACCGAGUGAAGCCAGCCACUGUUGAUCGUUUGCCUGCUGUACUACCAUAUGUCAGAGGAGUCACUGACAAGAUUGGUUACAUCCUGAAGCGAGCUUCAAUUAAAACAUACUUCAAGCCGCCCAAGAAGAUUAGCCAGUCCUUACCAUCUGUCAAGUGUCACAUACCUCUACAAGAUGCAGGAGUAUACAAACUAGAUUGUGACUGCGGCCUCUCUUACAUCGGUCAAACCAAACGAAGCAUAGGGACCCGCGUUAAAGAACACAUAGCUGACGUCAAACACCGCCGCUCAACGAAGUCUGCAGUCGCCGAACAUGCUGAAGGUUCCAGCCAUUAUAUUAGAUUUGACCAACCACAGAUCCUCGCUAAAGAAUCCAAAUUCCUACCUAGGAUGUUUCGCGAGGCUAUUGAGAUUAAAAAACACCCUAAUUUCAAUAGAGAAGAUGGCUGGAAGAUAUCACCUACUUGGGAUCCAAUAAUAAAUAAACUCAAGGCCAAACCCAAGAGCAGCGCUGCAAGACAUCAAGACACAGUGAGCUCA